AUGGUCCUGGUCCUGGUGCAGGUCCUGGAUCUGGAUCUGGAUCUGUAUCCGGGGGUCCGGUCCCUUCAGUCCGCCCGGAGUCAAAGCAGCCAAACCGAGGAAAGUCCAGGUCCUGGUCCUGCUCGGUUCGGAGCAGAAAACCACACCUUGUGGCAGAACUCCGCGGUAUCCGAGGUAUCCGAGAGUUCCGCUGCUCGGGGCCUCCGGCUUCAGGGCGGGACCUGCUCCUUCCUGGACCUGGUCCUGGUGCUGGUCCUGGUCCUAGUCCUGGUUAGCGGGUAUGAGCCUGGCACGUCCAAAGCCGCGGGACACUACCAGGACACCACCAGGACACCACCAGGACACCAUCACGACACUACCAGGACACCACCAGGACACCGUCAGGACACCACCAGGACACCAUCACGACACCACCAGGACACCAUCACGACACCACCAGGACACCACCAGGACACCACCAGGACACCACCAGGACACCACCAGGACACCAUCACGACACCACCAGGACACCACCAGGACACCACCAGGACACCACCAGGACACCACCAGGACACCAUCACGACACCGCCAGGACACCACCAGGACACCACCAGGACACUGUCAGGAUACCACCAGGACACCACCAGGACACCAUCAGGACACCACCAGGACACCACCAGGACACCAUCACGACACCACCAGGACACCAUCACGACACCGCCAGGACACCAUCAGGACACCACCAGGACACCACCAGGACACCACCAGGACACUGUCAGGACACCACCAGGACACCACCAGGACACCACCAGGACACCACCAGGACACCACCAGGACACCGUCAGGACACCACCAGGACACCACCAGGACACCACCAGGACACCAUCACGACACCACCAGGACACCGUCAGGACACCGUCAGGACACCAUCAUGACACCAUCACGACACCAUCACGACACCACCAGGACACCACCAGGACACCACCAGGACACCACCAGGACACCAUCAGGACACCACCAGGACACCACCAGGACACCACCAGGACACCACCAGGACACCAUCAGGACACCACCAGGACACCAUCAGGACACCACCAGGACACCACCAGGACACCACCAGGACACCACCAGGACACCGCCAGGACACCGCCAGGACACCACCAGGACACCACCAGGACACCACCAUGA